UAAGCAAUGAACAACUAGACCCACACCUUAUCCAACACCUUUUUCAAAACAAUUGGUCUAAAACUUGGUAUGGUAUAUGCCUUCCAUGGAUCCUUCUUCCAUCUUAUCCCUCUACAAUGUUCUAUGUUUUGAACUUUAACAAUCAGCUUAAUUCCACUACAUUUCAUUAUCUUCCUAUAUUUGAGCUACAAAUCUAGUCAAAAACAGUAUUAUAUAAAAUCCACCAUUAAAGAAUCAAUGGCUUCUGCCAUUACAAGACCAACAACAUUCUCAUUUCAUCUCACUUCACCUUCUCCUACAAAACCCAGAACCCAAUUCACUACACCAACUAUUUUCUCUAAAACCCACAAAUUUUUCACUCUUCAAACACCCUCAAAUCUACCCAAUAUCACCCCAAAAUCAGUUGAUGUGUCAAAAGAAGACAAACCCAUUUCAGAACAGCCAAAUUCAGAAGAACCCAGUUCAUUAGAAUCACAGGAUCUUGAUAAGCGUAGAUUGGAGGAGAAAUUUGCAGUUUUAAACACUGGAAUUUAUGAGUGUAGAUCCUGUGGGUAUAGGUAUGAUGAAUCUGCUGGUGAUCCAAGCUACCCUAUAGCACCAGGGUUACCCUUUGGGCAGUUACCUGAAGAUUGGAGGUGCCCUACUUGUGGGGCUGCUAAGAGCUUUUUUGAGAGUAAGAGUGUUGAAAUUGCUGGAUUUGCCCAAAAUCAACAGUUUGGAUUAGGGGGUAAUUCUCUUACAUCUGGCCAAAAGGCUCUAAUUAUUUAUGGUAGCUUGUUCUUGUUCUUUUGUUUGUUUUUAUCAGGGUAUUUCUUGCAAUAGUAUAUUAUGAGAAGUUUUUAUAAUGGGCAUCCAAUGUGGUUUUUGUGGAUGGGAUGUAAUAUAGCUGUAAUAACUAUUGAUGUGAGUACAGAGGAAAAAAAAGUUCAAGAACAAUUUGUUUGUAGUAUAAUCAAUAAUGUGUGUUAGUGUGUCAUGAAAAGUCAUUAAUUUGAUGA